AUUUAGUUGAAGUUAUUGCUUGAAACGUCAGUUUUUUGGGGGGGUUGAGUUUUCUUCUCCCUUUCUACCUUCUCUCUCCUUCUCUGUUCUCUUCUCUUCUCCCUUCACUUUGAUCAAAUGGCCGGCCUUAGAUGGAGAGAGUGGUGGAACACGAUGGCCUUCCCCACCCGACGCAUCUGGAAUCGUAUCACUGUACGCGUUGGCUUCCGACACAGUGGACUCCUGAGGCUACAACAUGACGUGAGUUCUUGUGAGUACGAAGACAUACACAUAAUGUGGAAUCUGUUACACAAGAAUGAAGAUCUUAAUCGCGGCUUACAGAUCAAACCACAACAACAACAACAGAGGAAGAAACCUUGCUGGAAUCUUCUUGGUUCAUAUCUUUGCCAAAGAUUCUGAUCGGUUUUAUUAUAUAUAUAACCCAAGAUGUUCCAAACCAUCCUUGUAUUUGAGAGAGCCUUGACGGGUCCCUUGCAGUGUGGUGAGGUUCGCAAAAUUUUAAUAAACUCGAGGUUGCAGAGUUUUUAGCUGUUAUAUAUUCCGUGGCAUGCCUCUAUAUGUACUUAUGAGUAUUAUCAUCACAUGAGUGUUUGUAGAUAUAAAAAAUACACAAAUGUUUCACAAAGUUUGAUACUACUAAGUUCAUCUA